GUGCAUUGCACCAUUCAGGUCACAGACACAUGCCCAGCCCAUCCUCUCUCUCUCUCUCUCCUCCUCUUUCUUCUUCGUUCUCUCUCCGACUACUUCACAUUCUCUCUUCUCCUCCAUCCAGCAGCAUCAUCCGGCUCUCUCCUCUUCCUCCAAUGUCAGCAACAAUGACCAGCACAGUAUCAGCCUACACAGACAAGAUCAAGGAGAUGUCCAUGCUGUCUCUGCUUUGCUCCUGCUUCUACACACAGCCACAUCCCAACAGCCUCUAUCAGUAUGGAGACCUGGAGGUGAAGGGUUUGAACAAGCGAGCAUCUGGCCAGUCAUUUGAGGUGAUCCUGAAGGAUGCCGAUCAGUCCAGGGACAAAAGCCAGCCUCAGCCGCUGCUCUCCCCCCCGAGGAGGGAGAUGUCCCUGGAGGAACUCCAGAAAAGGCUGGAGGCCGCUGAGGAGAGGAGGAAGUCCCAGGAGGCCCUGGUGCUGAAGCAGCUGACGGAAAAGCGGGAGCACGUGCAGGAGGUUCUCCACAAGGCGCGCGAGGAGAACAACAUCUUUAGCAAGAAGACGGAGGAGAAGCUCAUCCAAAAGAUGGAGGUCAACAAGGAGAACCGGGAGGCUCACCUCAAUGCUCUCAAACAGCGGCUGCGUGAGAAAGAGGUCCACGCUGCAGAGGUACGCAGGAACAAGGAGCGUCAGGCUGACCUCUCUGGCUGAAGAUGUUUUCUACACUCUGGCAGUGGAGGCCACUUUUGAAAAUCUUCUGUGUGUCAAAGUUUUCCUGUUGUUCAGUAUUCACCAAUAUCAUCCUACAAUGCACCUUUCAGAACUCAAACUAGUAGUUAAUCAGCACCAAAUAAUAUUACUCAUCUGUUUCACUUUUGGUAAACCACACACAUUUGAAAGUGCAGAUAUGUAUUCCAAUAGCAGAGUCAAGUACAGCUGAAAUAAAGUCCAAUCCUGAGCCAAA